CCUUUUAGUGACAUGGAGAUUCAUCCAUUUGCCCUGCAACAGGGUCAGUAUGGGAUAUACCAGGGGCCUAUGGGAGCUGUGGGUAUGCCCAUCAAUAUGUACAACCACGCUGGGGAGGAGUAUGAGGAGGGUGAAUACAUCAAUGAAAAUUACGGCUACGAAGAAGGCGGAUAUGACCUUGUACCAGGUCAUCUUGGCCAAAAACAAGACAUGGAUAAUCAGCCAGACUAUAAUAGAGAAAGGGAUAGGGACAGGUCAAGAAGGCGUGACAGGGACAGAGAUGGACGUCGUCGAGAUGAGAGAAGAUCAUCACAUGAUCGUGACAGAAAUCGUAGAAGAGAUCGAGAUCGCGACCGAGAUCGUGAUAGAGGGAGAGAUAGACGAGACAGAGAACGCAGUUCACACAGAUCAUCUGAUGAUGAUAGGGACUCGGACAGUCGUGACAGUUUUCAUAGAUCAGAUCAGAGAGAGGAUAGGGCUGGAGAAAAGUGGAUGACAGACACACCCACUAAUACAGUCCUGCUACGAAAUCUCCCCCCACAAGUAGAAGAGAAGGAUAUUCGUGCAGAACUGAUGAUGUUUGGGGCCCCAGUCAGAGAUGUACGCCUUAUGAGAAGAAGUACAGGUACCUCCCGGGGCUUUGCAUUUGUGGAGUUUCAGAGUGUGGCAGAUGCCCAGCGAUGGAUGGAUCAUUAUCAGGGUGUGUUGAAUAUCCAGAAUCAUUAUUCUGCCACCAUGCACUAUAGCACCCCAAAGACAGGACCAGAAAAGGGACCUAUCCAUAAAACAGACUGGACCUGUAGCAAGUGUGGCGUCCAUAAUUUCAAGAGAAGGGAUCACUGUUUCAAGUGCAAUUUGUCGCGAGAAGAGUCAGAGAGAAAACAAGAAGGUGAUGGCUUUGAUCAGAUUGGUACAAAUCCUUGUAACACUUUGAUUUUGCGUGGUUUGGAUGCUCUUACUACAGAGGACAACAUUGUACAUGUGAUGGGUCAGAUCACCACUUUCCCACUGAAGAAUGUUCAGAUAAUUAGAGAUGAGGCCACCAACACCUCCAAAGGGUUCGGGUUCAUGGAGUUGAACACUGUUAACGAGGCAUCUCAGCUGAUGGAUCAGUUCAACAAUCAUUUACCACUGGAAGUCGACGGAAAGCAACUCCUUGUGAACUUUGCCAAAAACACUUUCUCCACUGUAAUGGCUACCUUAAAUGCUGCAGCAAGCCAAUAUGGUACAGCACAGGGCCAGGGUUGGGACUACAACCAGACAAAUCAGCAGGGUUAUUAUGACCAGAGUUUCUACCAGGGUACAGAUUAUAACCAGGCAGCUUAUGCUCAGUACUAUGAGGGAACCCAAACGGAUUCGACAAAUGCUGCAGCAGCUGUAGCACAGGCAGCCAUCAAUAAAUCUCUGGCAGCCAAGGGUUCACAGCAAAAGAAGGGUCAGAACAAAGACCAACAACAAGCACCUGCUCAGGAGGAGAAAACUACUGAAGAGUACCCGAAAUAUCCUCCACCAGAUGUAUCAACAUACCAGUUUGAGGAGACUUCAGGGUACUACUAUGAUCCUCUGACAACCCUAUACUAUGAUGCUAACUCGCAGUACUACUACAAUGCCCAGACUGGGCAGUUUAUGUACUGGGACGCCGAGAAAUCAACCUACCUCCCCGCCCCCACCAAUCAAGGGCCGGGAGCAGCUACCGAAGGAGAAGGGACUACAGAGAAAAAGAAGAAGGAAGAGAAAAAAGAGAAAAACAAGAUGGCCAAGAAAAUUGCCAAGGACAUGGAAAAAUGGGCUCAAACAAUGAAUAAACAGAAAGAAGCCUUGAAAGGCUUUAAUGCAGCAUUGAAGUCUAUGAGUGGUCAAAAUGAGAGAAAAGAAUCUGCCACUGCUGAUGCUGGCUAUGCAAUACUGGAGAAAAGUGCUAAAGGGGGUCUAGAAGACAAGAAGUUAAUGCCUCCACCACCAGCAGCUGUUAAUUCUCCUAGUAGAGUGGCAGGUGGUGCCAAGCCUGGUCUGGUGGCGUCCUACGGCGGAGACAGUGAUGAUGAAGAGCAGGGAGAGGAGGACCCAGGAAUUCUGGACGAGAGUAAGCUGACUGAUUGGAACAAACUGGCAUGUCUCUUGUGUAAACGUCAGUUCCAGACAAAAGAGAUCCUCAUCAAGCAUCAGCAGAUGUCUGAUCUCCACAAGCAAAAUUUAGAGAAUUUAGUCAAGGCAAAAGCUGCAUCAGGUGGCAGUGAUUCUGGUCAUUUCCAGUAUCGAGAUAGAGCCAAGGAACGCAGGGAUAAAUAUGGAAUUCCACCACCACCAGAACCCAGGCACAAAAGACCAGACAUUCCCGUACCAUAUGAGCAACCAACAAAGGCUGGUAUAGGAGGAGACAACAUAGGUAACAAGCUCCUACAGAAGAUGGGGUGGCAGGCAGGGAAAGGUCUAGGCAAGUCUGGACAGGGGAUCGUCAAUCCUAUAGAGGCUGAAAGGCGAGCCCAGGCCGCUGGACUAGGAAUGAGGGGAGCUAAUUAUGGUACGACCUCGGGUGACGACUACAGAGAGUCGGUAAAGAAGACGAUGUUUGCCCGAUACCAUGAAAUGGACUCCUGAUUCUCACAAACUCUGUGUUUGUUUGUGCAUGUGUGUGUGAAUGUGAGCAAGAGGGAUAGCAUGUCUUAAAGUUUACACAAAAGUACUGACAAGAUUUUUUUUUUUUUUGAACAAUGACAUGUUCUGAGAAUCAUGUCAUAAUGAACAGGGUGUUGCACAUAAAAAAUAUAUAUAUAUGUUUUAUGCAAAAAUAUUUUAGAUAUGACAAGGAGCAGAUGAUUUUAGUUACUUGUUACAGAAUCAUAUGUGAAUGGAUCCCUUGUUUUUCUUUUUAAAAUCUGUAAAUAUGUACAAAGUAUACAUAAAAUAAAAAUGUGAAGUAUCAA